AUGCUGCCAUUUGGAGCAACAUAUGGAACAUCAGUUCAAACAAUUCCAGGGGGCUUACUUGCUAAUCCUUAUCAAACUAUGAAUAAAGCAUAGCAAUUAUAAUUGCUUAAUACUCUCCCACAAUAAUAGCAAUUACUGAUGAGACAGACAUUACUCCCAUAGCUUUAAUUAGGCGGCUUAGGUUUACCAGGUGGAACUCUCGCUGGAUUAAAUCCCUUGAAUGCGCUUGCUUAUCAAAAAGGAUUAGCCUCUCCAGCCUCUGCCAUUCUUUCGAAGAUUACUAGACCUUACAAUGAAAAUGAGCCUGUUGAAAAAUUGAAAAAAGCGCACUACAGAGAUGAGUUACUAACAUAAAUUGAAUUGAAUAAGCUAAGUAGAGCAGAUUAAUACAGACAAAAAGCCCUAGAAGAUUAAAUUGAAGAGCUAAGACUUUAAAAAGAGAGACAAAUGACAGACUCAAGAUUGGAUUAAGAUAUAAAUGUGAAAAGAAGAAACUAAGCGCUCGGCUAAGGUCAGGAUCAACCUGUCAGAGGUAGAAACGCUUAAUCAAUGGUAGACUUAAGACUUCCAAAUUCUAGAUAUAAAGAAUUAGAUAGGAGCAGAGAUAGCUCAAUGGAUAGAAGUACUACAAGGUAAAGCUUAAGAUUAUAAUUCAGAGAUGAAUUUUCUAAAAAUCCAAAGAGAAGAGUAAAUGUUGUAGAUAUGGAUUGGAUAGACAACCCUGUAAAUCAGCCAUAAAAAGGAAAUGAAUGGUGGCAAAAAGGGGUUAUGGAUCCAGUCUAAUCCUAAAUGUACUGGGACAACGGAAAAUACAUUCCAUCAGACAUAAAUGAAAAAGUUAAGGAGAUAAUUCAGAGGGAGGUAAAAAUUAUGAAGGGUAAAAUGCAGUAAGAUGAAGUGGCAAUGCUAGAGUAAAUGAAGUUGCUUAAAGAUUAAACCAAGGAUACUGAUAAGGCUAGAAUAAGAGCUCUUGAUCACUUGAAAAAGAUUAAAUCUAAGCUACAUAAAUAGCAGGUAAAAGAGGACAUGAGGCACAAUUACAUAUAUGAUGUUCUGUUCCAAAGAUGGUAAGAUAGAGAAAGAAAGCUUGAAGACAAAUAUAAAAAGUUUCCUGCUGUAAACUCAUUUCCGAUUGAACUCAGGAAGACUGAGGUUAACUUGAAACGAAAGUUGAAAAAAGAAGGAGAGUUGCCAUCUGAUUCAAAGGUUAUAUAAAAUAACUCAAUUAAAAUAAUGGAUGAUAUGUGGCCUCAGCUCCCUACCUUAGAUGAUUUUUGCAAAGAAAAGAUGAAUUAAGAUAUAUUCAAGGCAGAAUCUUUAAACAAGGUUAAUGCUCGGAGACUAUAAGACUUGGAUAAGUUCUAACUCUCAUAGGAUGCACUUGACAAGAUAGAUAAUCAAAUGUUUGAUUUCUUGAACAGAGAGAGCAACAAGUAGGUGAUAAAUGCAGCAGUUGAUGGCAAUGGAGAUGGUCAAAAUUAUUUAAUAUCAAAUGAUGUCCUUAAAAACUACUAGGAAGUUCACCUGAAAGAUUAUAUAAGUCCACUUGAAUAAUUCUCCAAAUAAGUGGUUCAUAAUAACAUUAGCAAUCCUCAUAAAUCAGUAGAUCCACUCAUUCACAAGCUCAACGCAUUGAGAUUAGCGAACAUACCGAUGUUAUAUGGAGUAGGGACUGGCUAUAAUGGGCAGUUGUUUCAUGAUUAGAAAGAUGAUGAUUGGACAUGCUUUAAGAAAAUAUAAGAUUUUAAAGAGAUUUUUGAGAUAGAUAUUGAAUCAUGCAUUGAUAUCUAUUGUGGGCCUAAGCAUUCUAUGCUCUACAAUAGUAAGAAUGAUAAACUAUAUAUUUGGGGAGAGCAUAUUGUUGAGGGAUCUAAAGGUAAAGAAAUUUGUAUGUCUAUCCCGAGACAAAUUUAGAUUGAUAAUAAAGUUUAAAAAGUCUCGUGCGGUUUUGAGCAUACUUUGAUUAUGAAUGAGUUUUAGAUUUUCUCUUUUGGAAAGAACAAUUAUGGAUAGCUAGGAUAGUCAGCUUGGGUUAAAUAUCAAGAAAUACCAGUUUUGGUUAAAUUUGAUGAAGGAUAAAAGUUUAAAGAAAUAUCUGCAGGAGUAAGGUCAAGUUAUGUAAUAAGUUAAGAUAACGAUGUUUUUGCUUUUGGUUCUAAUAAAUUUUAUGAAUUAGGCUUAGUCUAAGAAGAGCAACAACCAAAAUAUUAUAUGCCUAUGAAAUUAUCAGUAAAAGCUAAAUAUAUUGGAUCAGGAUUUAAACAUACAAUUCUAUUAAGCGAGGAUUAAAGCUAAAUAUAUUGUUGUGGUUCAAAUAAAGUAGGAUAAAUUGGGCUAAAGGAACUGAUGGAUAAGAAUUAACUUCAAAAUAUUUAACUGCCUUGUAAAUUUGUAGAUUCAGAUUGUUAAAUUAAAAAAAUCUAUGCCUCAUGGAAUAAUACUAUAAUCAUGAUGAAGAAUCGUUCUGAUUAGAUUAGCUAUUAUAUAGUUGGUGAUAAUAAAUAUGGCUAGUUAGCUCAAGGACAACAGGAAUAAGACUAGCUUAAGUUUUCAAGUGAGUGGCAAGAAAUUAUUAUUUAGGAGUAGUUAAUAAGAGAAGUAUAUUGCCAAUCAGAAUCAUUCGUUGCCUUAACAAAUGAUAAUAAAAUAUACUCCUGGGGCUGGAAUGAGCAUGGUAAUUUGGGCUUAGAUGAUAAGCUAGAUAGACAUUCACCUUAAGAGAUAUUGUCUUUAGACAUUACUGAAAAUUCAAAGCUAUUUUGUGGUGGGGCUUACAUGCUUUUGCUCAACUGA